CUCUUCUUGCACAAAUUAGUUUUCAUUUCCUUGUAUUAUUCUGGGACCACUGUUAGAAAAUGAUGAUUGAUUGUAGAAAACUAUUAUUGUCUAUUAAUGACCUGUCUUCUCUGUAUGCAGGUUAUUCGUGAUGAUGAUUAUUGUGCUGACGAUUAUAAGGCUGUUCAUAAUUAUAAUGGUGGUGACGAUGAUGAUGAUGAUGAUGACGACGAUGAUGAUGAUCAUGGCAACGAAGAUAUUGAUGGAAACGGCGACGACGAUGAUGAUUAUGAUGAUGAUUGUGGUGGUGGUAGUGGUGGUCAUGAUGGCUCUAACAGCGAAAGCGACGACGACGACGACGAUGGUGUUGGUGAUGGUGAAUAUUUUGAUUAUGAUGACCAUGGUAGUAGUGGUUGUGAAAGAAAUUUGUUUCAGCAGGAAAAAAAAAAGAGUAUUUAAAAUGUUAUUUGUGCACC